AUGUCGCAAUUGAACGAAGACCAGAAAAGAGUCUUUGAUGGAGUAUGCCAAGUUUUACAAGAUAAGAAUCAGAUUCUGCGACUGUACGUAAGUGGCGAGGGUGGUACAGGGAAAAGUUUUCUAAUUGAAACGAUUAAACAUUGGAUCAGAAUAAAUUUGGAAAAAACGACUGCCAUAUCUGCUCCCACGGGUAUUGCAGCAUUCAAUAUCGAUGGCUUGACAAUCCAUAGAAUGUUUCAACUACCCGUUAGUCAUGAAUCUACACCAAAAUAUACGCAAUUGUCGGACAUGGUCUUGAAAACUUUGAGAGACAAGUUAAAGAAUGUCGAAUUAUUUAUAAUCGAUGAAGUAUCCAUGAUUUCAAAUGUGACACUUAUGUUUAUCAAUCUACGAUUAUGUGAAAUCUUUGAUACGACAGAUACAGAUGAUGGUUUCUUUGGCAGAAAACACAUUCUCCUGUUUGGGGAUUUGUUGCAGCUUCCUCCUGUAAAAGGACAAUUUUCGUUUGUUAAAAUGUCUCGAUCAGAGAUUCAGAAGUAUUUAGGUACCAUGGGUGGAUGUGAUUUGUGGAGAUUGUUCGAGUACGAAAUUUUGAUUAAUAUGCGACAAAGAUGCGAUAAUACAUAUCGUGAUAUACUUUCUAGAAUACGAAUAGGUUUAGUAACGGAUUCUGACAUCAAUGUUCUUCAGUCUAGAAAAAUCAAUUUUAAAGAAAGUAGUUGCGACGAAAGAUUGAAUGAACUUUGCACUUAUAUGAAUCAAUUACCGAUUGAUACAAUUUGUUUAUUGCCCACGUGUUAUUUGUGCAAGGUUUUGAACACAGCAAUGCUCGAUAAAAUCGACAGCGAUGAAAUUCUACUGAUAGCAGAAGAUGAUGUCGACUGUGCUCCAGCAAUGAAAAAAAAGGUGCAUAAAAUUUUAGAAGACAAAGAUGAUAAAGUGUCUGAAACAGCUGGCAUUGAAAGAGUAAUAGCGAUUAAAAUUGGCGCUAAAGUGAUGAUUCGACGAAACAUUGACGUAACUUUGGGACUUGUCAAUGGAACGAUAGGCAAUGUAGUUGCAGUUAAUCGCUCUGCUGACGGCAAUCGUAUUGAUUCCAUCAAAAUAGUUAUUUCGGAUAACAAAGAAAUCGCAAUAACGAAAGUAGAUAUUAAAUUUGAAGUAUUCCACAAAUUAGUGGUACAUCGGAAACAAUUUCCAUUGUCUCUCAGUUAUGGAAUAACUAUACACAAAAGUCAAGGAAUUACAUGUAACAAUGCAAUGAUGGAUUUAGGAACGACUGUAUUCAGUGAUGGUCAAGCCUAUGUAGGUUUGUCACGAGUAAGUAAAUUGGAAGGCCUACAUUUGAUAAAUUUCAAUCCAGCAUCAGUUAAAGCAAACUCGAGAGCCAUUGUAGAAUAUAAUCGA